AUGUUUGUGUAUCGUAAACAUAUAACAGUGGACAGUUGUGCGAAUAGGACCCAAAUGUGUGGUGGGAUUGCAGGCAUUCAAUGUUGCGAUGGCCAGGGAUUGGCGUGUAUUCUGAAUGACAACAACGGUAUGAUAGCGGAUGCCUCGGGAAUAUGCAUUAAGUUUAGGAGAAACCGUGCUCUCAAAUGCAGUCAACUGAGGGGUUCGUGCGGGGGGUUCGCAAACGCCCAGUGCUGUACUGGACUCCGGUGUCUAUACGACAACUCUGGUAGUAGUCUCGGCAGUUGUGUCCCUUAGGGAACAUAAUUGUAUUAAAUGUCCGCUAAAAUUAUUUUUAAACAUCUAUAUUAUUUUUUAAUGAAUGUUUUAAACUUUAAAAAUAUAU